GUGUUUUCUGGCUGCAGCUUCAACUCGCCUGCAGAACGGGUCUCUCCGAGGGGGGAAAGCGAGGGAAGAGACGAAGUGAUAAUACGAGGAGGAGGGGGGCUCUUGUGUUUCACAUCAGCGCAGCAGCAAGAAAAAAAACGUCCCGAAAGAGAGGAUAAGGUGUCGGAUCCCAAAAGCAGAGGGGGAAAAAACAGAAGAACCGCUUUUCUUGUAUCGGAAAAUGGAGCUACCCGCCGCGGGAGAGCACGUCUUUGCGGUGGAGAGCAUCGAGAAGAAGCGCAGCAGGAAGGGGAGGUUUGAGUAUCUGGUCAAGUGGCGCGGAUGGUCUCCAAAAUAUAACACCUGGGAACCAGAGGAAAACAUCCUGGACCCAAGACUUCUUGAUGCUUUCCAAGCCAGGGAACGUCAAGAGCAGCUGAUGGGAUAUCGCAAGAGAGGACCCAAGCCCAAGCACCUGCUGGUUCAGGUUCCUUCUUUCGCCCGGAGAUCCAGUAUUCUGGCUGACCUUCAUGAGGCGUCCCUGGAUGAGGACAGCUGUCAGAAGACCAGCCCCAUCCAGAUGCUCCGUCCCCAGAGCCAGCAGUACCAGCUGAACAGCAAGAAGCACCACCCUUACCAGCCGCUGUGCAUGGAGCGUGAGGGUGAGCAGCAGGCCAACGGCAAGAAGUUCUACUAUCAGCUCAACAGCAAGAAGCACCACCACUACCAGCCGGACCUCAAGGGGCACGAGCCCAUAUUUGCCAGACCCAGAGAGUUAAAUGCUCCGGAGCUGGCUAACAAAGGGUACAACCUUCCCCCUGUGCUGCAGCAAAAAUGGGUCCGGGACAAGGACUCGGGCUGCCUGACCAAAGUCAAGGAUAUCACCAUGGAGCUAAAGAAGCUUCCAGCAGACCUCAAUGGCCACAAAGAGCCAGAGAAGGUAAACCCUAAAGAGGAUGCUUUACCGCAGUCUAAUGGUGGCAGCAACAGCAAGCUAAAGAUUGUGAAGAACAAAAACAAGAACGGCCGGAUUGUUAUUGUCAUGAGCAAGUACAUGGAAAAUGGAAUGCAAGCGGCUAAGAUUAAAAAUGGUGACUCUGAAACUGCUGAGAAGCCGCAAGGAAUAGACCACAGCACAGAGAACCACCUCGAGAAGAUGAAACUCGUCAAGAAGCUCGGCCUCAUGAACGGAUUUGCAAAAAACCCCAAAGACAAACUGGCUGUUCCCAAUUCUGGAUUUAACAGAGAUUGCCCCAAAGAAAAGGAACAGUCCCCUAAAAUGAAGCCAACUGUGACGGAACAGGAUAAACAUGUCGAGGUCAGGGUUCAGGGGCAGCUUCCAGCGGAUCAGCCUUUGCAAUUGACAACCAAGCCUAAUCUGCUCCCCCUGCCUUUGGAUAGGGGAGUUCCUUCCCCACUGGACAAAAGAGGAAGCCAAGGUGGAUUUCAAGGACUAAAGCGCCACUUCUCUGACACAGACAGUGAGGAGCAUGGGAGUAGUAAGAGGUUUUUGAGCUCCAGGAGUUUCAGCACUCCUAACACAGCACCUUCACCCACCCAAAACAUCAGCAUCGACCAAAACGGACACCACAGUCUCACUGGACUGCAGGACUGUGGCUAUGCAGACCAAGAGGAACCUAUUGACUUGAGCAUUGUCAAGUUCAGGCCUAAAGCUACCCAGGCUGAAGCACACGCACAAGCUGAAACUGUAACACAAGCUGAAACACACACACAGGAUGACGCAGACACACAAGCCGAAACACAAACAGACGUACAGACGGAAACUCAGUCCCAGAUUGAAACACAAAAAACUACAGAGGAGGAGAAAGUCGACUCAUUGUCUGUUUCUAACCAGGAAAAGGGAAACGGGGAGACAUUCCCCCCCAGCCAGCCUUUCCUUGGGAAUAUAGUGAUCACAGACAUUACUACAAACUGCCUCACGGUCACCUUUAAGGAAUACAUAACUGCGUAACUGAACUGUGUACCAACUGUGUACCUGUAUAAAUGUACAUUUUAUAUAUUUGUAUUUUCAGAUUCUUGAAUGUACAAAUCGACCCUUGAUGUUGUUUUGAUUUGCAUAGUUCUGAUUAAACGAAAGAUCCUUUAUUGCGUUAUUUGCAUAUUUCUUCUUAUAAGCUCUACCUGUUGUUAUUUUUGGAGAUUUUAUCACAUGCAAAAUCGAAUUUCAGCUAUUUCAAACUUUUAAAAAGCCACAUUUUGUCAAAGAAAUGUCAGAACUUUAAUUGAAGAUGCACUUAAUUCUUGUAAAUACUCUCCUCUUUUCUAUGGAUGGAAUUUGAUUAUACACUCGACUGUCUGCAUCUCAGAUGAUGUUUCACAAAUGUAGGCUACAUGGAGAAUUUUGUAAGGAAGAAAUAUUAUAUUGAAACAUGGUAAAUUACACUGUGUGUGUGUGCGUGCGAACAGAUGGACAAAUUUAAACAAGGAUGCAUGCUGCUUGGACAGAUUAUGCCAUUAGGUAUGCUUAAACAAGCAGAUAGUAAGAAAAAUUAAUCGCCUUUCUGUCAAUAAAUGUGAUUUGCAUUGUUGAUGGGGAAACUGGGAUGGUUCUAUAAUGAAAGAUUAUUAAUGGUUAAUGUUUGAUAUAUGGUUUCUGUUGAAAGUUAAACUGUUUUGUAGUUGGGUAUCCAGAGACCUGAUACUGAGCACAAGUCACUUCCAUUAAGACAGCGGAUAUACAACCCUGUGACUCUAUUCAGUUGAUGUUUUGCAGCAGUUCAUUGACUAAGUGGCUUUUGUCAUUUGAAUUAUAUCAGUCACAAAUCUGUGUUUAACACUGCCAGUUGAGCCGUGUAUUCCAACAGAUUAGUACCACCAGCUGGGUGCUCUAUGAUUCAGUUUUUCAUGUUUCCUUUCUCUGACACCCUGACAUAGGCUGUUAUGUAUGGGUUUGAAUUUGCUUCUCUUGGUGUCAUAUUUUGAGGAACUUUUGCAGCAAAGUGUUCAUUAAAAGUAUGUAAAAGCACACAUUCUUGUCAUAAUCAGAUCUGUUACCUUGUGUCAUAUCUAACCCCUAUUUUAAAAAUCCCUUCCAGCACUCUGUGAUGUGAAGUGCAUUGAACUGCUCUGUGAGAACGACAGAUGCACUUUUGAUGUUUUGUGUGCAAAAAAUGAAGGCUUCCAAUGGUACAUUUUGCAAUAAUAAAAAUUGUUUGCAAGUGGUG